GUAUUUUUGCAUUGGAAGUUUUUUAUAUACAUUGGCAUUGGAAGUUUUAUAAAUAGACAUUGCCGAUGGCAGCACGGUUAGUCAAUAUGCAAAAUAUGACCACAGUCGCUUCGAGUAUAAUAUUCAAGCGUAUAUCUUCAAGAUUUUUGCAUAUGGGUGAAUAUUUUAGUCGCGGAAUUCUGAAUGAAAUCGAGCUUCAGACCGCAGUACCCUUGGCUGGACGAAAACAUUUGGUCAGUUCAAACUCACCUGGCUUUCCAAAGUAUCUGUCAGGCCCGAAAGAUGAUUUCCCAAUGCUGGUUAAAGCGAGGAAAGGGCAAGAGACUAGUAUGAAACACUGGGCUUUAAGAUCUCGAGAGAUUAUUGAUCAAGCAUAUCAAAGGUAUGUCAGCAAUGCGUCACAGCUAGGCUAGCUUCGUAAACAAAUAUUUUUAUUCGCGAGUUUUCUGCUAUCAGACUGUAGCCUUCAAGACGUAAAAGAAAUACCUUUACAGCGACUUGUGUAAUAUAUACUGAUGAUUAAUACCUGGGCGAUUGUAUAGACGGGUAAACAUUGUUUUGAUUUUGCACCCAAAAUGCGCAACGUUUGCUUGCCAAAUUAUAUUCCACCACAUGCUAAAUUUUUGAAUGGCUUAUGCGCCAAUCAAUUAUACUGUUAUCAUCCCCCCUUCCCCGGGCAUACCUCUGGGCAUUUGAACUUUUUGAAAUUUUGUGAUCAAAUUUCCAACCGCCAGGACAAAAAUUCUGUUCAAAUGCCCCACAUAUAACGGAAAAUUGAUGGUCAAAUGCCCCAACUCCCCAGGGUGCAUUCCAUGCAAUUGCCAGGCCGAAGGUUUCAAAGUAUAUUAUUUUUUUACACCAACAAAUUUGAAGUAACGAAAAUAAAAGCUUGCCAAUUAUCCAAUAUGGCUGACACACAUAUUUAGUCGACAAUUGAAAACAAGUGCAUUAUUAGCCAGCGUGGCCGGCUCUUCUAGGGUUGAGAAUUGAAGAAGAGCCUGCCCGGAAGCCCUAGUAAAAUUGAUCACUCUCAGCAGCCAGCUGCUGAGAAUUGUGAUUGGGCAAAAAAAAAAUAUGUGGGUUUCCGGUUUCCCGACCCUACCUAGCUUUUGGACGUCGAAAUCCCGACCCUAAACUUUUUUAUUGGAUCAUGCUUGUAAGUGUUUCCACUUAGAGGAAAAAGUUUGCGGAAAAUUGAAAUUUGAGGCAAUGUUAGGGAAAUUUAACUUUGGAUGUGGAAGCACUGACUAAACAAAAUCACAGAAUAGAUACAGGACCAGAAGUGUCACUCAGACGAUAUUUUGUCCGAAAUUUUACGAGUGCUGACGUGAAAAUACGCCAUCAUAUGACGCCAUCCUGGAGUGCACACAUAAACCGGCUUCUAUAGCCUCGUUGAACUCUUCAAGUGUUGACAUCUUGGAAUAAUUUAAAGCGUUAAAUGAUAUCAAAUAUCAUCUGACUGUAAUCACAUGUUUAAUUGAACAAUUUGAAAUGUUGUUUCCUCAAAAAAAUGGCGAAUAAAACCCCCAAACUGUCGAAAAACCACAAUUUGCAAGAAACAGACGAAUUUUGCAAGAAACGGCACAAGAUCUCCCAGGCGCUCCUCAAUUUUCGAUGCCUCAAGCCCAUAACUCCCUGCGCUUGUUCGUUGCGAUGCACUACUUCAUGUAAACCUUUCAUAUAGUAACUCGCAUGAAAUUUUUUUAUUAGCGCCUGGGGACGAGGCAGCUGAAUAGCUAUGUCAUAUGACUUCAAGAACCUUGGCUGUCCUUGCCUUGUUUAAUACAUUUUGCACACUGAUUCCCCAUUGUGUUUCUACAAUGCAUAUCAUAAUAAUAUGAAGCUGUCUUUGGAGCUUUUAAAAUACAUUUAUUUGCCUGCCAACGUGUAUAACACGGGAAGAGGUCUAUUUACCUUUUAUUCCUAAGUCAUUUGUUACAUUACCACUGAGUAUAGUAUAAACAUAUUAUUGCUUUCAAUAAACUUUUUAAUAGAUGGAUAGCGAUUCAACUGCCUGGAAAGUACAAGCAAAACGCCGGUCAGCAUUUUUAGCGAAGCCUAAGUCCUUUCCACUUUGUCUGGAAUUAUUCAAAUUAGUAAACAGAGACUGUUCAAAAUUAUAUUAUUGCUUUGCAACUGUAUGGCUGUGCUACCGUACUUAUAAUAUUACAGUAAACAUAUGUAGCGCUGGCUAGUAAAUAUGCAGCAAUUGACAUUUUAUGACAUCAUUUGUACAAAACUAUUUCAAGUGGGCGGUGUUAAUAUGGAAUAAUAAUUAAGUACAGUAGGCAUGAUCAAUUUUACUAGGGCUUCCGGGCAGGCUCUUCUUCAAUUCUCAGCCCCAUAGAAGAGCCGGCCACGCUGGCUAACUAGCGCAUUAUGUGCAUACCAGAUAGAUAAGAAUGCUUGUUUUGUUUUUUGAUAACUAUUUUAAGCAUUGACAAUGGAAGAAUGUCUACAUUUCAGUUUUAGGAAGUACAAACCACUUUCAUGAUUGAGAUUCGUAUUUAAUUUAAUAUUUUAAUAGGCAUACAAUUUAAUAAUUUUCAAAUAAAUACAGAAAUAUGCCAACACGCCUACAUCUUAGCGAUCUGUACGCCAUUACGCCAAGACUAGUACAUCUCCACCCCGGAGAUCUCUGAACUUUUGUGCACGGAAUGCACCCUGGCCAACCCCCCUGAUCAUUCUGACUAAUUCUAUCAGUUCAAGUUUGGAAUUGUGUGAAAACAUACACUGAAUUCUGAAGGUAACUUCAACAGUUUGAUAAAUGAGACUCUGUAUUAAACAACUUACACCUCAUGCUUUAUAAAGUUUCCAAAAAGUAUUUAAAGUAUACUCCAUUUUGAAUUUUGUUUUUUAAAAAAGUUUUUUUAAUUAAUAGUGUCAGACCUCGUACAAUCUGGUGUAUUAUUGUUGACCAGACUGGAAAGUUUGAAAAUUGCGCGUCCGAGAUUACGAAAAUUUAAAUAAUCAAUUUACAGGAAGCAAAGCUAUAAAUUGAGUAAUAUGUUCUGAAGGCUCUAUCUGCCCGAGGGUGUUUUAGUCUGCCAACGCAUCUGCGUCACAACAAUUAAUCCGUACCAGGUAUGUACAAGGUCCAAGUACCUUGGCAGAACAAGGGAACCGUUUUCUAGCCCUGUUAAUAUUACAAAAUAUCUGAUAAAUAUCGAACUUUGGCUGCUAAGCAUGUGAACAACUGAUGCAAACUUGGGAUUAACCAAUCAGAAAUUAUCCUGAAGGUUUUUUCCUUCACGUGCAUACGUACAAUGGCCCCCUCUUUGCGCAAGGACUUUUGAUCACAAUGUCGAUGUGCACUGCUCAUUCGCAAGACUUUAGCCAGUGCGUUAACAUCUCUGGCAAAAUUUUUGGCUAAUAAUUUAAGGGACCAAACCUUGGCAAAGAAGUGGAAAUAUAAAAAACCCACCCACCUCCCAAAAAUCAUGUACACCGAUCUGCGUCUCUACAAUAUGGCGUUUUGUAAGGACAGUUAAUUAGAAAAAUGAAUAUUCCUGUAUAUAGUUAGCACGUUACACAUAGAUUUGUAACCUACUUAUGUGAAGAAAUGCAAUAAAUAAUUUAUUAUAUACUGGCAGGGAAGUGCUGUCCGAUGGACAACACUUCACCACGUGAAGCGCAAUCACUGCUCAUUCAGGUCGCACUGAAGACCUGAAUGAGCAGUCCUAGAGACUCGAUGUGGUCAGUCAGGUUAUCAGUUGCGGCUCGGGGUAAUGUACCCUAUACCAAUAGUUGUUCACCAGUCCAACUAGAUCUCAAUGUCGACGGCCUGACGGAUCUGAACGGGGGUUCGCCUGUUCCCCUGUUAUCUAGAGGUCCGCCUGUUCCUCUAGAACAACCUACAGUUUUUGCGUGUAUCCUCAGCCAGCUUUGAGUACCCUGGGUAAUGUGCCCUAUACCAAUAGUUGUUCACCAGUCCAACUAGGUCUCAGCUCGCUGAACGACAUGCACAGAGUCAAGCAUGCCCUCUGCAGUCUAGAGAUUCGCCUGUUUCUCUAGAUAAAACUUAGGUUAGCGAGAGCCUCUAGACAGUUCGGCCGGAACUGUUUUCGAGCACUUCUCUGCCCAAAAUAUAUGCCACAAAAAUGUGUUCCAAGUUAUUGUUGUCUUGCUUAGUUGCCAGUUGUUCGAUUUUAAAUAUCUGUCUCUUUUCCAACAUAUUCAACUUCAUUAAUAGUAAAUACAUUGGGACAUCAAAACUGCCCGAGAUCUCGGUAGCGUGUUGCAAACUUUCCAGACUGGAUUGUCGAUUUCAAGUCACUUUUCAACGUGCGGUUCCCAAGUUUGUUGCAAACUUGCCAAUUACGUUUCCAAGUUCAAAAAUUGGGUGUGAACUUUGCAACAAAGUUUGCAAGUACAUUUCAAUGUUUGAACUAUUGUAAACAAAUGUCCAUAGUUCAAGUUGAAAUUAACAAUUCAAUGGAAUGUUCUUGGUCCAGUGGGCUACCAAGAAGGUUUGCAUUUCAUUGAAUUGGUUAUUAUUAUUGAGUAUGAACAUUUGUUUACAAACAAAGUUCAAAUAUUGAAAUGAACUUGCAAACUUUGUUGCGAAGUUCACACCUAAUUUCCGAACUUGGAAGCACAAUUGGCAAGUUCACAAUUGGCAAGUUGGGAACCACGCGUUGAAAAGUGACUUAAAUCGACAAUAAAUGGUCAAAUGCGCCAUGUCUUGUGACUCAGCAUCAAAUACCCUACCCUAACAGCAGUUCAAAAGGUCAAAUUUCCCACUCUGGGGAUAGAGCAAGAUGUCAAAUGCCCGGGGUAUGCCGGAAGUGUUAACUGUGUAAAUUGAUCAGCGCAUUAGCACGCUUGACUGUAGCUGUUACAGUACCGUCACAAGACUAUUUGUACUGGGAAUUGAACUUUGUGUUGUGCAAUUUGGUUUGAAAUCAAUUACAAGUUUGCGAUAGAUGAACUCAUGAACCAGGCGGAAAUCGUAAUCUUAAGAUAAAUAUUAAUGCCCAGCAAAAAAUACGUAAAAGAGCCAUAACAAAAAUAUAAUUUAAAAACUAUAUUUUUGUUAUGGCUCUCAAAUUAAACUACGAAGUUCAAUUUCUAAACUAAUUUCUGUCAGCCGGACACCUGCUCCCCCCCCCUUCUCCCCGUAUUUCCACGAUGCUGUAGCUAGUAACAAGCGAAGAAGACUAAUGUGAAGUAAUUUCAAUUUUGCCUGAGGAACAGCUGAAAUUUAUAUUUCUUUCUCAGUAUCCAACUGGGAUAUACAAGGAUGCAAAGUUUAGUAUCGCCCCUGAGAAUCCAGUAUCCCACUUCAGGAAAGUGGUUACUGGUACCAUAAGUAUUAUAUAAGUUUCCAUUCCUCUCACUGUUACCAAUUACAAUAUAUUACAACAGGAGACUUAGACCAGGAUCAACCAUCGAACUUUUCAUGUGCUGAACCUAAUGUCAAUGAGCUAAGUUCAUUUGCAUUAGGUUUGGCACAUGAAAAGUUUGCCGUUUGACCGUGGCCUCAAUCAAAAGUAAACACUCAGUCAACAACUACACAAUUCAUUAAUACACUAAAAUGCACAUAAUCCUUCAACAAACUUCUAUAUGCUAGUCCUCAAUUAGGAAUGACUGGUGGCAAACUCAUAGUAUUAAAAAACUGUCAGGUGCCCGGCCAUCAAAGGUGUUUAACACUUUCAAUACCCCUUGGGGCUGUCAAUUUCCCGUUUGUAAUCUAAAAUGACUGAAAAUUGCAAAGUUCGCAAGGCUAUAUUAUCCGCAUUUUACAACAUUUCACAACGAAACUUUGGAAUAUUACUAAUUUUGUGAUGCUCUUUCAAGCUGUGAUGAAAUGUUUGUCUAGACUUGUUUAGAUAAAAAUUUAGUCUAUUACGCAAAUGGUCCAUUGCAGGGCCACAGGUUUGAUUCCUGCCAGAGGGCCUAUAUUUUUGGCAACUAGUCCUGAUUGGGUCAAAAAUGUAUUACCGGUAAUGUAAAUUUCAUUUCGAAUAUUCCAUCUACAAAAACCCCAUCACAUGUACAUGAACUUGUGUUAGCGCUUGGCAACUGGACUCAGUAUAGAGCUCAGUGUUGCGAGCACUGCACUACUAAUCCCAGGGCUGCAAGUUUGACUUGUGUCAUUUGCCGGUAGGUCUGAUUCCAUGACAGCAAAAUUCUUCAAAUGCGGGGAAGUUGUGUCUGGAAACAUUAUUAUGGAGGGUUGUAGCCUGCAUUUUACAAUUAGAGCCCUUUAAAUUUAGUUUCGAAUGACUGUCAGGCAGUGAGGGUCCGAAUUAUCGCUAAAAACAGCUUUUGGAAAAUUUUUAUGUUAAAAUACACAUUUGGACCCCGAUUUUUUAUUAACAUAUUUACUAUUCACUAUUAACAUAAUUCCCGGCAAUAUGAUAAAUCUGAUUCGAAACAUUGCAGGUGAGCCAAGUCCCUUUCUCCCUCCUUUCUUGCACCUCGCGCGCCGGCGUGCUCGAUUUCGUCGCUUCGCGACAAGGACUCUAGAGAGAUGGACUUUAUCCAAGUCUAUGAGCAGGCGUCUUGUUCAUUAUAUAACCAACAAUGUAAACUAGCCAUACCUUUCGCAGAACUUAUCAUACCUUUCGCAGAACUUAUCCCCUUUGGACAUAUCGUUUUCGUAAUAGUUAUUGGAACCAGAAUCCGAAUCACUAUUUAGAGUGUUAUUUUUAAGCUUGUGUCUUCAGAUUAUCAUCUUUUUUUUCGGUAUUUGCAGAAUAUUUAUAUUUUUAGCGCGGGCCGUGAAAGAUACAUCAAAACAAAGCGCUGUUUACAUCCCAGGGGUCUGGAAAAACCGGAAAUCGAUUCUACAGGUCAAAGUACUCGAUGCAGUGGCAUGCUUUUAUACACGUGGCGCGUGCGUGUGGCGUGGGUAAAUUAAAACCCUAAUAUUUUUGAAAAAUUCAAAAUAAAUAUUUCUACUCGCCGUAUUCAAACGAACCUUUCUACGUGAAAGCGCUAUUGUGAUUACAAGGAGUAUUUUACUCACAUUGAUUUUGAGCAAAUUCUGAAGAGUUUAGAAGGUAUUCAAGUUUUUUCUCGAUACGAAAUACAGAAUGUGUGGCCAAUGAGUAAAUAUAUGAUUGUUUUGGUUUGUGUAAUGUUUUGACGGCAUAUUUGAAUUCCCGUUGAAAACGUUAUUUUGUCAGGAUUUUAAUGGUGAUUUUCGUUUUAAUUAAAGAGGGCUAAAUACUCGCUGAGAUAUUUACAAUUGGAAACAAUGAAAAUCGUAAAUUGUAAAAUUUUAAAUUGGGGCGUGACGAGAAAUUAGCACAUUAAUUUACUGGAAGUACUCUAUACCCACUGACGAGUAAAAUUGCCUGGCGUUGAUAGACAGUAAAUACUAAAGUAAGGCGAAUUGCCAGCUAAUGGGUUAAUAAGAAACAUUGGCAGGCAGGUUUGUUAACUUUGUUAACCCAUUUACUUACAGUACUCUACCACUGACAAGUAAAAUUGUCUGGUGUUACACAGUGUAAAUUUGUCUGGCGUUAGACAGAGUUAAUACUAAAAAAGUAGGUGGUUUGCCAGCUAAUGGGUCAAUAGACCUUAAUGCUGUUUAUCCACUUUUGACCCAAUGGCCCCAUUUUCGUGUUGGUUAUUUACUCAUGUUCCGUGCACACAAUUUAAGAAUAAGUUUGUGAUUUGGGCUUAAAUGAUGAAUGAGAAACAAAGGCCUGCCAUGCUACCAAUGAUGAAACGUGGAAAUGAGGCCAUUGGGUCAAAAGGAAGUUUAAACUUCCCUUUAGAGAAUUGUUUAGAAGUAUGAACUUUUGCAUUCAGUUCAUGUGGCAAAAAGCUGCACUUUCCUUGCGAUAGUAACUUCUAGUUAAUCACAGCAAAUUGCAACGCGUAGCUGGUAACCCGUUACAAUUAUUAUAGUAACGAGCACUUACGUACAGACCUGUUUUUCUUGUUAUUUUACAAGUAAACGAAUGUCGUACUCGUAGUCGUACUCCUUAUAAAAUAUAGAGAGUUCUAUAUUAAUCAUCUUUUUCUGUUCCUUUUCAACAAAGUUAUUAAUUACAGCUCAGUGUAGCCGAUGACGCGUUACAAUAUUUAUUGUUACUGUACAGUACUUAUAGCCCUGCUGUUCUUGUUAUUUUUAAUGCAGGUUUGAGAAAAAUGGCACAGCUGUUGCUAUAUUAUUUCGUGGCCUGCCGAAUGCGAAUGAAAGAGACUUCUCUGAGUGGGUAAAUAACUUGGGUUAUGAACCAUUUUCCUAUGUUGGUGGAAUCUCUCCGAGGAUUGAGAUAGAACCUAAUGUCAGUGAGGGCGCCCACGAUGAUAGUGUAAUUACCGUUGAACCACAUAACGAGAUGGGCUACUCGCCCAGGUUUCCAAAGGUAUGUGUAUUUAAAAUUACUCAUGCAUUAUUGUUCGAAAGUUUUAACUAAUGCAGGACACAUGCACCAAUAACGCUAUUUCGGUGCAUAAUACCUCAAGGGAAAAUGGCAACAAAAAUUAUGUUUCCUUAAUUUGUAAGAAUGUUAAGUACUAUUUAGAACACGCGUAGGAGUGUUUUAUCAUAUUUAAAAUGCGAGUGCGCAUCACGAGCACCCGUUUCAUUAGUAUUCUUUGUAUCAAGAAUACUAAUUACACUGUAGGAUGAAUUUUAGCAGGUAUGUAAAGCCUCUUCACGUGAUGUAUUAUGGUUGACAUGAUUUGCCAAUAAGCUUAUGAAUUAUUAAUGAGUUUGAGAAGAUUAAUUACAAAUCCUCUUUACAAAUUCUCCCAAACUAUCUUAGUUUUUGAGACAUUUGAAAUCAAAAUAUCCUGCCGUGAGGUCGUGUAUGUGUAAUGCAACAUCUAACGGCAAAGUGUCAUAUACUGCAUGUACAGGGUGUAUAAAAAAAAAACCGGAGUCGUCCUAAAUAUCCUUAUUUCUAUCGUAAAAUAAACUACCAUAUAGUUUCGUUUUGUGCUCAAUUUAAGGCUUGUUUUUUCAUCUUUCGAAUGAAGGGUUUCUUGAAAAUUUUGAACUAAGGCUAAUCGCAAUAAAAAGAAUUUAGUACAGGCGCUCAUUUUUAGAUGCUUCGAAAUAUUAAUCUUCGAAGUCCCUUGGGGCCUUAAUUAAAGGUAGUUUGCUAAAAUUCAGAACGUUGUUGUUUAAAACUUUACAAUCGUCAUUCAUAAUGCCAAAGCUAACAAUUCCGGAAAGAACAUUCAUUGUUGAAAAGUAUUUCGAAACAAAAAGCGUUGUUGCAGUGUUAAUAAGACAAUUUCAAAUAGCUUUUCCAUCUUCAUCGAGCGUUUGGCGUAAUGUCAACAAAUACCGGCUGCAUGCAUUGAAUGGAAGAACCACCCCAUAAAGUUUAAAUCGAAAUAAAGGAAACUCGGGAAGAAGAAGAGUUAUCUUGGAUAUGAGACAAAGAACGAACUUGUGUGAACUUAGAUAUGGAGGCCACGUUGAGUAAAUGUGUACUUCCAACUUAUUUUUUUGGAAUGUUUAAAUAAAUUGUGAAUUCAACUCAUCUACGUUUUUUAAUUUUCCAAUUGCACUUACUUAAAUUGACACAACUCGCCAGCAAUAAUUCCAAAUUUUAUAAAAUAAAGUAUAUAAAAUAGCCGAAAGAUCGCGAUUUGUAAAGAAUGCAAGUAUAAACGUCUAACUUUCAUAUUCGCUUUGAAAUUCACACUUCAUGUGAGGACUCCGUUUUUUUUUAUACACCCUGUGUAUAUAUAUAUAUAUAUAUAUAUAUAUAUAUAUAUAUAUAUAUAUAUAUAUAUAUAUAUAUAUAUAUAUAUAUAUAUAUAUACCGGGUGUCCCAAAAAAAAGUACUCCUGUUUGAUUUAUAAUGACUUCUAAACAAGUAAAGCUAUCAAACAGAGAUAACUUGCAUUACAUAUAAGAAGGCCUAACUUAGAUUUUGAUAUAUUACAGUUGUAUUUUACUUAAAAAUUCACCGAGAUAUUAAUGUUCAAAAUCGGGAGCAUAUUUUGGGAUGUGUCUAAAAUUAGCGAAAAUCGGCAUAUCAAAUAUAAUUCCAGCGUUUGUUUGUUUAAUGACAUAUCAGGCUAACUUGUAUUUCAACGAAUUGUCGUUAUGGUUUGUAUAAGGGAUAUGGCGUUGAUUUAGACAUCUUAACAUGCAUGUAAGUCUUAGCUCAUGUCAUUGUUUCCUGAAAUAUGAAUGUUCGAAAUUAUGCAAGUAUUUAAUAGGCCUACAAACUUAAAGGUACAUGAAAGACCACUAAGGCAGGCGCUUAAAUUUUUCUUAAAUUAAAUAGCCUAAUUUUUUUAUGCUUUUCAUGGGUUAAAAACAGAGUUGAUUAUUUCUCGGUUAGAGCAGGAUGAAUAAUAUUUUUAUUAUGAAGGAAAUAAUUUUGCUUUUUGCAAAUACACAUCACAGUAUCGACGCUACUAUUUUGUUACGUUUUGUUCCAAAAAUGUUGGAUAUCUCUGGGGAGUUGCUUGUUAUGACUUAUGGAGUUGUAUGGUUUGAUUGUGUUUCAUUCUCAGUUUAUUCUGAACUUAACAAGAUAAACAAGAUUAAGAAAAGGAAAAAGAGUUUGAGUUUUCUUAACAAGAUUUCAGAACUUCGAAGAAGUUAGAAGAGCUUCACAAUUCUAUUGUGACAGCAUGCCCUAAUUCAGAACUACGAACGCGGAUAUUCAUGACGAUCCUUCGCGAUGCAGUGGUCUCAUGAAAUAAAGAAACGUAUUCGUGCUAGGAACACAUGCACACGGAUUUCGGACAAAUAAAUCUUGCUUGUAUUUUGUAGAUAAUAAUACUUUGUUUCAUAAUAAACAAUUUGUCAAAUUUCAUUUAUUUACUGGUAAUAGUGCAUGUUUCAGUCGGGCCGAAUGUUGAUUAACAUUUAAUACGCCGUUUUUUGCAUGUUUCAGACACAUCCAGAAAUAUGCUCCCAAUUUUAAACAUUAAUAUCUCCGUGAAUUUUUAAGUGAAAUACAACUCUAACAUAUCAAAAUCUAAGUUAGUCCUUCCUCUAUUUGAUGCAAGUUAUUUCUCUUUAAAAGCUUUAAUUGUUUAGAAGUUAUUACGAAUCAAACCGGAGUACUUUUUUUUGGGACACCCGGUAUAUAUAUAUUAUUAUUAUUAUUAUUUACCGGCUGCGAGGUCCGUACUGAAAAAAGAUUUUCCCGUGGUCUCAGAAGUGGCCCGAGGCCGAAGACCGAUUCUGCAUGAGGCUAAGGGAAAAUAUUUUUUAGUACGGACCGACCUAAACGGUAAAUAACAUGUUUAUCGUAUUAUUUGAUGGUUUAUGGUUAGAACGAAAUUCCAAAAAAAUUCCAGUUGCGAAGUACAUUCGAGAUCAGCUACGUGAGACCGGGACGAAGUCAAACCUGAAUGGAGAUUGAAGUUGUCAACAUGUUUACAUGAGACCGCGGUAAGAAAAAUACAAAAUUCUCAAUUUAUUCCCCUUGCCAGGCAAUUUUCUUUUUUAUAUGGGUUUGUUAGCGUGUGUUCAGUGCCUAUAGGUUACAGCCGAGACCGGUCUGAAAUGUAUUUGUGUUUACAUUCAUCACAAUCUGGAAUGUAUUUUGUGUUUGGAUUCAUGCAUGCCGAUCUGAAGUCAGUCGGCUCGGUCCAGCAGGCAUAAUGACUUGAGACUGGUGUGAGUUCUUUUCGUCCCGUUCUCAUGUAAACAUCUAUUAAUAAAAUUAAAUACUAUGACCGAAACGAAAUGGUCCCGAUUUGACUUCGUCCCGGCCUUAUGUAAACGGGGCCGUAAGUCUAACUAUGGCUGAAAAACUGCUAAAACGACGCGACAAAAAACUGGAUAAAAAGCUUUUAGUGUCAUUGCAAUAGAUGCUUUUCUACUCAACAAGACAAUACAGAAGGUAAACUAAUGGCUCCGAAUUUCUUUUCUGAAUGAAGAACUAUAUAACGUUUCCUGAACUAACUGCCAGCAACAAUACAGUGGAAACGGUGCUUUGGUGUAAAUUUCUUGGCCUUAUUAUCUUGUCAGAUCUGACUUUGAACCAUCAUGUCAAUUACAUUUGUGCAAAUGCGAGUAAAUGACUGUACGCUAUCAGAAUACUAAAUCGGUCAGGCGUCUAAACCACUGAUCUAACACAUAUUUAUUGUUCAUUCGUCCACCCCAUUCUAGAGUAGGCAUGUCGGGUUUGGCACUUCUCUCUCACCGCAAAAUUGUCUCAAAAUAAUCCUACCUCUGCAUAUGGGUCAAGCCUGGCUAAGUUAAACCUAAUAACAUUAAUAAAACGCAGACAAUACCUGAGUUAUAAAUUAUAUCAAUCGAUUGUCCAAGACGAAAAUAAUAAAUCAAACGAACUGUUACCAUAUAUCUUUCGAAGAAUGCUGAAUAUGUGCGGAGCUUUGAAUAAAAAAUGUAGCACUCGCCAGUGUUUUCUCAUUGUUUAUAUUUGGGGGUUUUUUCGCAUUUUGUUCGGGGAAAAGUACAUUUCGAGUUUGGCAUUAAGCCUAUUGAAAUCAAUUUACUGUAUUUUAGUUAUAGAGUCUUUAUUUCAAUGAGGGUGGUACCUAUAUAAUAGUGCUAAAGCGCUAAUAAACUUGUAGCGCUCUUAUCUCAACUAUACAACAAAUUCUAUACGGAUCGCUGCUCGCGUUUCGUUUGAGGUCGACUUGUGGCAAGUCUAGUCUAAAACUAGUAUAAGAUAAAGUUAUCUACAAUAUGUAUCUAUAUUUACAAGAAUAUAUGCAUACCUACGAAUUACACUAUGCAUGUACAGUACUGCUGAAAAUGGCAAAGAGAUUGUUGCUGUUCAAUAUACAAACUAUAUUUAUACCAAGACCGAAUGUAAAAAUAUUUAAUAAUGCAUGUAAAUAUAUUGAAUGUUGAAAUAAAAAUAUUCUGCUACCAGCCCCGUAACUAUAUUGUUACAAAAGAGAAUCUACUGCACAACAAUAAUGUCAUAGUGCAAAUGAUAAGGGUUUGUCGCAUUAUAAAAAUUAAGAAAUUAAUUCAAUUGACUAUGGGCACGAAUUUCAACAUUAAUAAUGUACAUUAAAAAAUUUCUUAAUUCUGAUUGGCUAAGAGCACAGCAAUUUUUUCGAAACACAGUGCCAAAAAAUUAAAUACAGUACAAAAAAAAGAAAUUUACUGAAAAUUUCAUUGACUAUUUAAGCUUUCUGAUUGGCUUAAAAUAUUGCAGAGUGACAGUUGUGUAUUAAUUUGUUGUUUAUUCUGUUGUUGUGUAAUUCAAAUGAAUGAAUAAAUUAUUUCCAUGCAAUUAUUUCCAUGCUGACGCACGUGACUGCAUAAUUUUUAUGGUUAGCCUGCGCAUGCGCAGCUAACUACUAUGUAGAAAACCAUAAAAGUCAUGCGCACUAUGUCAUGCGCACUAUUAAAAGUGUCGUCGUGUGACAGUGCUUAGCGUGCGCAUGAGCGGAAUAUUGUAGUUAAAGGCAUACGAAAGAGCCGUUGGUUUAUGAAAUUUUGUAGUUAAAGGCAUACGAAAGAGCCGUUCGUUAACGUUUAUGGUUCGUUUGCGCAUAAGUAAAUCAGAUCAAUUUACUUUGGAGAUUACUAUCUUUGGUUCAGUGCAUGCUAUGUCGAUGAAAAUAGCACCGUUCGAUUUAGUGAAAAAAUUUCUAUCGAUAGUUUUAGUAAAAUGUCAACAUUUAUAUAGCGAUUUACGAUAUUUCACAUAAUUUUCACCAUAUUUCACACAAUUUUCCUGAACAAAGUAAACAAUGUACUACCAAGGCAUACUUUUUGCCGAACAUAUCUUCGGCCCCUUUCAACAUAUCUUUUUCGUAAUAGUCUUGUUCGAAUCACAAUCCAAAACACUAUUUAGAGUAUUAUUUUCAAGAUUGUAUCUACAGAUUUGCAUCUUAUAUUUUGGUAUUGCAGAAUAUCUAAAUUUUUAGCGAGAGCUUCAACCGGAAAUACAAAUUAAUUGAUCGGAAACUGAUUCUAAAGGCCCGGUCACACUACACAACGAUAACGAUACGAUCAAUUGUAAACACGCGAUAAUUGGCAAAAAAUUGUGUUAGUGUCCAUAAUACAACGAAAAUUAUAAAAUUAUCGUUUGACGAUAACGAUUUUAAAAUCGCUCACCUGAGCAAUUUUUUUUUCAGUCGGACGAUAACGAUAAAGUUUUGACCAAUCAGCGCGCGUAUACAAGUUAUCGUAUCGUUAUCGUUGUGUAGUGUGACCUGGGCUUAAAUUAAAGGUCAAAUUACCCCUGUAACGUGGUCGAAGUUAUGUUCAGCGAAAGGUAUGGCCAGUCUAUAUUUCCGUUGAGUAAUUUGAUAAUAUGCAAUCUCGCUUGCCUUCCAGAGGCAAUAAAUCGCUACAAUGUUGAUAAUGACUAAAACUAUUGCGAGGAACUAGUUGAUCAGGGCUUCACUGAAUCAAAUGGUGGUAUUACUGUCUUCAUAGCAUGCACUGAACUCAAGAUGUGAACAUCCAAAUGUUGGCAGCUUCUAUAGCGACCUACGAUGCUUGGGACUGAGCGAGAAAGAGUUUUAAAAUUUUGUCUUAAAUUCUAUUUUAACCGUUUACGGCGAAAUCUCGUACAGUUAGUUUAAUAUUUUCUGGUUUGUUUUUAAAAUUGAAGAUUUUAGUUCCCGUAAAAUCCCGUAGUUAGAUCUAUAGGACUCGUAAUUUUUAUUCCCUAUUUGUGUCGCAGAUGAUAAGAUCUCAGAAAGAAAAGAAGUACAUUUUCCGAGUAUAAAAUUUCAUAGCAUCUCUAGAAUCAUAAUCAAUAAAUUAAUGAAAGCUCUGAAAAUGCCAUUUCCCGACGACCUACAGAUUCCAAAUAUCCCCCCCAGUUAAUCAAGCAUCAUAUGCUCCUGCCGCAAAAUGUGAAUUAAGGUGCAUGGCGCAGACAAAUACAUGCAUUCGCACGCGUAACGCAUUUGAAUUGUGUUGCUACAGUGCAGAUGCCUUAGCGUUUAUACCGAUGCAACAUUCGUUGUCUAUAUUAUACUUAAUUUUAAAAGUUUUGAGAGAAAACUCCUGCCCACCUUACCACAUAUAUCCUAGGGGCCAAUUUUGUAUAUUUGUGUUAUUUGCAUCUCCAAAAACGCCUACUUUUGUCCUACUUUUCUACACAUUUUUCUACUUUAUUCCUACUUUCCCUAAAAUUCUAGUCCUACUUUUAUCCUACUUUUCUACAUAAGGAUGCCAGAAAGCCUGUAACAAUUGCCAAUCCUGUAGGCUAACCACAACAUGUAUGCAAUGCGUGCCUGUUUUUCAUGUAUAUUAUUAAUAAGUAGUAUGGUUUCUCGUGCAAUUUGAAAAACAAGUACGAUCGUACUAUAGUGGACCUGCGUGACCGAAUUCCAAUCUUGUGCAAAUCUUUAAUUAAACGUUUAAAACCUUCGAGAUUUCGACUUGAUAAACAAAUAACUACAAUCCUGGGAAAAACUAACGAAACAUCCAGUUUAAUUGAUUAACAAUUUAAUUUAUUCUUCCCCCCUUCCAAUGUUGGUUACGAUGAGCGCAGUUAGUGACUGCGUGAACAAAGAGCGCAGUUAGUGUGUUAGUUAUAGUAUGGUCAGUGAUUUCUGGCAUACCAGCAUGCGCAUGGCGAUAGUAGGUCAGCAGCUGUUAGUGUUUGAGCAUGCGCAAACAACAGGCACGCAUUGUUCGGAAAUCCUUCUAGGCUUGGGUGCUUAUUAUCGGAAAAUUCGUAUUUUUUUUUUUAUUUGUUAUUAUUUUUUUUUUUUUACUACUUUUAUUUAUUUAUUUAUUUUUUUCCCACUGACCCAGUCAGUGUGACAGGUGCUUGGGCCUGGUGUGGGGGCUCAUGGCUGGGUUGCAGGGAACUGCAAGCCAUGAGAGUGGUAUGUUUGUCUGGGGGCUGGCUUUGGAAGUGGAAGCCCCUGGAUGACCCAGGCACCCAUUAUCCACAAGCGAUACAGUUGUUAAAUAUAUUUAUUGUGUAAUUAAACAUAAUUAAACCGUUCUUUCAUAUCUAUGGGCAAAAUUAUGUAAAAGAUAUUUUAUUCACAAGAUAAAAUAAGUUUUACCAUGCAUAAUCACGAUUUUCAUUGUUGUCUGGUCUAAACUGGCCAGCCUUGCAGGCUGUUUGCGGCGAAUAUAAAAUUUAAUUCAAGAUGGCGGAUGUGUGGUAAGUAUUGGUAUUGAAUAUUUUGGCGGUUGUCCGAUUCGUAGAUGACUAGACAAAUUGAUUUAGGACGAAAAUUGGACGGAAUUCUUGCAUUUCAAUAUAUUUAUAUUUUGUUUAACUUAACUCAAGUGUUGGUAAACAUGUUUCUAGUUAGAAAUAUAUUCAUAAAUAAUGGUAUUUAUAGAAAUAAUGGAAAACAACGAUUUUCACACGGUUGACACUAACGGUUGACAAGAUGAUCAUAAGACUUUAAUAUAAAUUUUGCAACGGUUGACGGUUGACAGCAUUGAUAAAAAAAUUAUGUUAAAUAUUAUUUUUUUAUUACUCUCAAACUGUCAACCGUUGUUCAUUCUAAAAUAAUAGUAACAUGAGUUUUCAGUUUUAAACCAUAUAUAUAACAACAAUACUGAUUGCUCCUUAAAAUAUUCUUUCUCGUACCCCGGCUACAUGCACGUUCUGUGGGUAUCAGAAGUGAUGUUAAAACAUUAUUGCUUUACUAAACAUGUAAAUAUAUAAACUGGAAAUUCAUAUUCAGUAUUAAGGCAUUUCGUAAAUUUGCCAAAUCAGACAAUCCUGUCAAAAACUAAUGAAACAUCAGGUUUGAUUAACAAUUUAAUUUAUUCUUCCCCCCUUCCAGUGUUGGUUAAGAUGAGCAAGAAACCUAAACAUAGCGCUCUUUGCCAUCGACGAACUAUUGUACACAAUUUUUUAGACUCUAUGUCGAACAUUGUGCCCUGGGGGGGGGGGGGAUUCUGUCUGUUUUAUUGAUUUUUUACAGGUGUUUCAUUAACUUUUUGCCAAGAUUGUAGACACUUGUGAAACUAAUGACUCUCGAAGUGUUGGCAGCGUAUACUGAGUUCGUUAAAUGUUUUGCUUUAAUUUGGUCAUGUAUUGAAGAUACUUUAUCCGGGCAAAAAUGUGUCUAGUGCCGUGUGUAAAUGAGGUGUAAAUCUGGACAAAGCAUAGAUAACUAAAUGCGCAGAUUUCCUCGCAGUCGAACUCGAUAGAUAAGUUAAAUUUCCCACAGAUAGAUACAGAUAUUGCACAGCACACUCCCGAUCAGGUUUUUCAGUGACUGGUUACAUUGUGAAUGGAUAGAUAGAUAGGCAGAACCGGAAGCAGACCGAGGUAGACUGUGAGCUUACAAAUGACGCUUUAAGUAGCCGCUAGUAGUCCAUACCUCAUCAAUUAUCUGCCCCCUGACCUAUGUGUUUAACCCACCCUGUCAACUUUCCCCGCGGGAACUAGAAACCGGAGUACCCGGAGAAAACCCACGACAUUCGGCAGAGCGUUGGCUUUUUUAUUCAUUUUACUCUUUCAUGAGGACUGGGUUCGAGUCACAUUGAGAAGUUUUCACUGAAAUUUGAACCUGCGACCUUAGAGGUGAAAGGCAAGUGCAUACCUAAGCCCCAUAAUAUUUAGAAUUAUGCACUAACCACUUCGUCACCGACGCCCCAUACUACACCGAAGCCCCAUAAUAUUUAGAAUAAACAUGCCAUGCCUAAAUUUAACUUUUGCCGUACAUCAAUGCAAAAUAUUGCAGCACAAAAAUCCUUUGAAAUGCCAGCGUAUGAGUACUGUACAUCUGGCGUACCUCUAGCGUAUUCAGCGUGUGCCUAGAGUAUGCUUAUCGUAUAAAGCAUACGUUCGAUACGCACAAAAUUGAACAUGCUUAAAAAAAAUUUUCUGCCUCGCCGUAUGCCACCGUAUGCCAACGUAUGCCACCGUACGCGACCGUGCUUGAAACGUAUACAACUUAUGCCUAACGUACCCCUAGCGUAUGUCAGCGUGUACCGACGUUUGAGUGAUAUUUUUCAUACGCUAGUACGAUACGCAAUAGUGUGACAGGGCCUUUAGGCCCGUUUUAUAUAUUCGUCGAAUUUCGGUCGCGUCAAAUGCAACUCAAACAAUAGAUAAUGAAUCUUAAUGAGGUUUAUCAUCUCAUCUAUUGUCUUAAUUGCAUUCGACGCGACCAAAAUUCGACGUAUAAAACAGGCCUUAAAGGCCCAUUUCCACUCAGGAAAAUUUUCCGCGGAAAGAAAAUUUUGUAAAAUCUGAUUGGCCAACACAAAUUUUUCAACUUUUAACAAUGAUAUUUUCGGAAAAUUUUCUGUCCAUGGGAAUUUUUCUUGAGUGGAAAUGGGCCUUCAGGCUCUUUUCCACUCAUCGCAAAACCAACUCGCAAGCUCGCUGCUAGUGAUUGUAUCUAAUUAAAAUAAACUUUCGAGCAUUGUGAUUGGACGAAAGUACUCGCAGCAAGCUUGCGAGUUGGUUUUUGCGAUGAGUGGAAAAAAGCCUUAAGUCAUGGCUUCAUAACUGCACGCUUGAGCUAAAAACAAGUUGACAUGUCUUUGUUUUUACGGUUCGCGAUUUUCUAUAACAAUGAAUAUUAUAUGAUAACCAGAUAGGAGUAUUAUUACUCCUCUGCGCUUUGAGAAACUAAGCCAGCGUGUUAAAUUUAGUCAAACUUAACGCUUAUAAUUAAUCGUUAUAAUUAGUCGUUCACAUUCUUGAGAAGCUUUAGACUAUUGUGAUUGUGUUCACAACAAUAGAGAAGACAAUGUCUUUCUGAUCGUUUGCGUUUUGCUGCAUGAUAUACAGGGUGAGUAAAAAAAAACUGAUACCUUCGCGGCUAAUUUGAAUAACAAAGGUGUUAGUUUUUUUUUACUUACCCUGUAUUUCAACGUCGCCCCCCCCUAUAACAACAACAAUAACAACAACAACAACAACAACAACAACAACAACAACAACAACAACAACAACAACAACAACAACAACAACAACAACAACAACAACAACAACAACAACAAGAUUUGCAGCGCGAUUGGGGAACAGUUCCUGGUCCAAAAUACACUCGUGAGUUUUUUUAUAGUCUUUGAAAAACUCACUCGUGCAUGUUUUUUUCCAAAUUGCACUCGAAACCAUACUAUUACUACCCAAAAACCUCUGGGUCAGAGGUUUUUUUAGGUUUGGCGAACGCGAAAUGCGAGAAACGCGCGAAGAGAAAGGAAAAACCUCUGGUGAAUUUGUUAGCGAUUCCUGGUUCAGAUAAAGCACAAGAGGCCCAGGCUCGAUUUGCCCAUGCCCGCCUGUGCCUUCCUUAUAACGAGGGAAGGUCGGAGACAUUGAGAACAAAAUAGCCCAGACUUGGCAUAUGUCACACGAAACUAUCCUCGACUUUUCGCCUUUAAUGCAUUUCUUUCACGAUUAAUCGACAUCCCCUGCAAGAAUGAUACCAUAUAACUCUCAAAACAACGAUGCUUUAAUCAAAGAGCUUAAAUUCGCUCUGAAAUCCAUGAGGGAAUAACAAAAUUCGGCCAAAAUAUAUCCGCGUGCCGGGUUUGCUGGACAAAAAGCGGAAGUCGUUGAACAACUCAAAAUACACUCAACCCUGAUUGGACGACGAAUGUCAACAAAGAUUUCAAAUUUUUCUCCACUGGGAGGGGAGACAGUACUUGGAACAGUCCUGUAAUAAUUUGAUUAUUUGAAUCAAAACAAUUCACAAACGUUACAAAGUCUACUACAAGUCGAUUAUGUGUGUUACUGUAAAUAUAACUGCAAAUAUAGCUAUAAUUUUACGCUGAAACAUCUUGUCAAAUAGGGUAAAUUACUAUCCGUAUUUGCUGACUAAACUUCUUAAAUUUAAAUAAUUAGAUUUGCACUGGUUUUCCCCCGACAAAUUUGUUAAUUGUUUUGAUUCAAAUUUAUAUUACAUUACUGACUACUGAAAAUUUGAAAAGUUUGUUGAUUCUCGUUGUCCAAUCAGGGUUGAGUGUAUUUUGAGUUGUUCAACGACUUCCGUUUUUGUCCAGCAAACCCGGCACGCGGAUAUAUUUUGGCCGAAUUUUGUUAUUCCCUCACGGAUUUCAGAGCGAAUUUAAGCUCUUUGAUUAAAGCAUCGUUGUUUUGAAAGUUAUACGGUAUCAUUCUUGCAGGGGAUGUCGAUUAAUCGUGAAAGAAAUGCAUUAAAGGCGAAAAAUCGAGGAUAGUUUCGUGUGACAUAUGCCAAGUCUGGGCUAUUUUGUUCUCAAUGUUUCCUUCCUUCGCUCGUUAUAAGGAAGGCACAGGCGGGCGCGGGCAAAUCGAGCCUUGGCCUCCUGUGGAUAAAGAAUGCAAAAAAUGUAUUAUGGCUUAAUGCGUCAUAUUCUAAAAAUAUUAUCCAAUCAUUAUCCUUGACGCCAGGCCGUCUAGACAGGGUUUUAUUUAAAAAUAUCGCAUGUAUACUGUCCAGUGCAUGCCUGCCCAUUUGUAGCAAUAUUCAUUCUCCUGAAUUUCAUUCAAUUUAAAACAUCACAUCUAUUCAAUUUAAUAUAAAUAUAUAUUUAUAUUCAUUCACUUUAAUCUUGCAGUAUACAUUCAAUUUAAUCCUGCAAUAUACAUUAAAAAAAAUCUGUAUUUAAAUUUAUUAAACACACCUCUUUGGGCCGACGUGAACUUUGUCUGUUAAUACAAAAGUGUUACGAAACAUUAUCACUCAUACAUAGAAUUUUAGGUAAAAAUAAAAUAACACAAAGAUGUUUGCUUGAGAGCAGGUGAAAGGUUCGUACAAGCCAAUACUAUCCUAAGCAUAAUGAGAAGAGAUAAUGGAUAUUUUGCCACAAAUCAAGUAAGGUAAAUAUUUCAGUUCUUCGGAAAACAUUCAUUAUUUCUUCCAUUAGGCUGUGACAGUUUGUUAAAAUAGCUGCAGCUGUGUAUGUGGAAAUGUCAUAUUGUGAUUGGCCUGUUUCCUAUAGUUUGUCUUGUGGGCAGAUUGUUUAAAGAGAGCAGCUGCCUGAGGUCUCAUGAACAUUGACCUUUCACGUGGACAGACUCAAGCGUAAAAUAUGAGUCAUCCCAAGCUGGAUAACACUCGGUCAUGCAAUUUAAAUAUUACGUCAUCAAAAUCUUAGUUCGAUAAAAUUGUGAGCAAAUUUAGUUCAGUACACAGAGUAAAACUCACAUAGGUAUAGUUUGAAGAUUUUACUAUGAUUUUUUGAUAAGUAUUUUAAGUUGUGAACAUGUUUUAAUGAUGAUCGAUUGAACAGCAAACCGACUCGACCUGUACGACAACGCAUUAAGUAAACAGAACGUGAGAGCUGGAACGAGCUAGCAACGCCAACCCACGCUCCUGCAGCUCAACGUUGAUUGGUUGGAUACAAAUCAUCCUACAUGCUAGAUCACAUGUACAAGAUCCCCUCGACCGUUAGUAUAAAAGGGCGUGCACAAUCCAAAUUCGUCAGUGGACUCAACGAAGUAAAAAUUAUGUAUGAAAAGUUGUAGAAAGCUCAAAACGAAACAAGCCAAAACGACAAAGAAUACGAACAAGUUGAAACGAACAAGUUGAACAUUUCAUGCAUGCUCUAACCUACGGCAACAUGUAUACGUGUUGAGUGUACCUAAGAUAUUUUGGGUUGACAUAUAUAUUCUCACGAGUCUGGCUAAAAAUAAGGAAAAAAAUACACAAAUCGCAUGAAAUCUUAGUAGAGAAACAAGUAAUAAAUAAUACAAUUAAUAAAAAUAUAUAUACCAAACUUAAGGGUGUUCAAAUUCAAGUCCGUGUUCAAGUCCGGCGUUAUCAGGAAUUCAAAGUGAGCAAUUUUGCGUCAUGUUCGUUCUUUCAACCACGGGGGUUUCCAAACUGUAUCCUCCGUGACGAGAGACAUCGUACCACUUGGAUUGAAACACUCGGCUGGAAGGUUACCUCGAUCUGCAAAGAUCCGUGGAUGAGUGCCAAGAACCGUUCACGAAAACGCCGAUCCUUCACCAGUUGUUAAGUUAUCGUUACAUUGUCUCUAUUUAUUGUCACAUUGUAAUAAAAUUGUUCUUUUUCGAGGUUAUCUUCUUUCUUCAGCCUUUCCUCGUUGUUUUUAGUUCGUAUUCUUUGUCGUUUUGUCUUGUUUCGUUUUGAGCUUUCUACAACUUUUCAUACAUAAUUUUUACUUCGUUGAGUCCACUGACGAAUUUGGAUUGUGCACGCCCUUUUAUACUAACGGUCGAGGGGAUCUUGUACAUGUGAUCUAGCAUGUGGGAUGAUUUGUAUCCAACCAAUCAACAUUGAGCUGCAGGAGCGUGGGCUGGCGUUGCUAGGUCGUUCCAGCUCUCACGUUCUGUUUACAUAAGGCGUUGUCGUAUAGGUCGAGUCGGUCAUCAUUAAAACAUGUUCACAACUUAAAAUACUUAUCAAAAUAUCAUGGUAAAAUCUUCAAACUAUACCUAUGUGAGUUUUACUCUGUGUACUAAACUAAAUUUACUCACAAAUUUAUCGAACUAAGAUUUUGAUGACGUAAUAUUUAAAUUGCAUGACCGAGUGUUAUCCAGCUUGGGAUGACUCAUAUUUUACGCUUGAGUCUGUCCACGUGAAAGGUCAAUGUUCAUGGGACCUCAGGCAGCUGCUCUCUUUAAACAAUCUGCUCACAAGACAAACUAUAGGAAACAGGCCAAUCACAACAUGACAUUUCCACAUACACAGCUGCAUCUAUUUUAACAAACUUUCACAGCCUAAUGGAAGAAAUAAUGAUUGUUUUCCGAAGAACUGAAAUAUUUACCUUACUUGAUUUGUGGCAAAAUAUCCAUUAUCUCUUCUCAUUAUGCUUAGGAUAGUAUUUGCUUGUACGAACCUUUCACCUGCUCUCAAGCAAACAUCUUUGUGUUAUUUUAUUUUUACCUAAAAUUCUAUGUAUGAGUGAUAAUGUUUCGUAACAAAAGCAAGCAAAUUUGUCUUGUAGAUUUCAAAUGAAACCAUUUCUCUCCAUUUCGCAUUUUGAAUAAUAGACUCGGAUUACAAAAUACGAAUGUAAACUCUCCAUCUAGUAUUGCUUUCUCGUCCUCUUCGUUUGACAGUGAAGUCGGCACGGCAUCCACGCUUUCUUAGUUCACGGACGUGAGAGUCAAUGAAAGAGUUCAAUUUGCAAAUGACUAUUAAGAUGGGUUUCUCCAGAAAGUUGUGGCUUUUGCCAAGUCGUCGUGCUACUCUCGGUGCUAGAACUUUGGAAUAUUAAACUCUUCCCAUAACCGAUAGCAAGAUGCAAAUACAUCUUUAAUGUGAAUCAAAUUGGACAAGCCGCGGUAUUGAUGCUCCGUUAAACUUUUAAUUCAGGAAAUUUAUCAAUCUAUCUAUUAAUGCAGCCUAUAAAACUGCUUCUUUCAACUUUUGUUCGUUUAUUUAAUAAUAUAGACAUUUCAAAAUUCAAAUGUUUCAAUUCAAUCAAAACACGAAACGCCUGCGAACAGGCUAUGAUGUUUACAAUAUCCAAUCAGAACACGUAGUCUAUCGAACCUAUUAGAGUCAGCAGCCAACAACUCUUUCCUUCCAAUUUUGAAAGUUAUGUGUGGAAUGAACCCGAAAAACCCCGCCAAUUUCACCAGAGGGUUAUUCAAAACAGGCGAAAAUAAAUACCCUCUGGCUCCAGGGUAUACUAUUACCCAUACAAAUAUGAAUCAAAGGGAAAUAUACACGGAGCUAUGCAAUAACAGUUCUCUGCAGGGUAUAUAUGUAUAGGAAAUAUUUUUAGAACUUGUACAAAUUCAUUUCAAUUAUUUCAUUUCAGAUAUUCAUUAUAAGUUGUUUGAAGAAGUCCCAAUGGGGUGGCGAGACAGCAAUUUGUGAUAAUCGUGACUUCCAUGUAAAGUUAGACCCAGCAUUUGUCCAGAAAUGUGAAGAUAGAGAAAUUCGUUAUUGGAACUGUCUACACAGUAAGGAUAGUCAUAAAAAUCGUUAUCAAAGCUGGCAAAUGCGUUUUAUAACCGAAGAUAAGGAUAAAGUUAACGAUUUUUUAAAAAAUGAAAAUUAUCAUUAUUCCUGGGAAGAGAACACUGUGUUUUACUGGAAAAAUUUAUCGCCCACUAGAGCACACGCCAUAAGCGGGGAACAACUGUGGUUUAAUCAGCUAUCAGCUCUUCAUGGAAGUUACUAUGAUGACAUGCCAUGCUAUGAAGACCUGAAGUUAUCCUACAAAGAGUAUCCAGUUCAUAGCACUUACGGGGAUGGGGAAGAAUUUGCAGAAUAUGAAGUUGACAAUCACCGACGUUGUAUUUGGGAAAGUGCUGUUGGAUUCCACUGGCAGAACGGCGAUAUACUCUUUUUAGAUCAAAUGAUAGUUCAGCAUUCGAGACUAAGUUUUGAGGGCGAUAGGAAAGUUGGUGUUACUCUCCUCGAUUACUGAAUAGCCGUUUGGAUUGAGGUUGGAUUUACUAGUAUUGGACUACAACUAAAGAAUGACUUUAAAACAUUAGACAGUAGAGAAAGUGUAGGCAUAGGAAUAUAACCAGUAGAUUUGGGAUUAUACCUAGCUGUACCCAAUGAACCAGAAGUACGUUUCAGUAUACUAACUCCUGUGACUCGUUUUCUGUUUUCGUUGAAGCCGAUGCGUGAAAAAACUUUCAAACUACUGUGGAGAGUUUCGAAGUGUGGGGAAAAUGAUUUGUAUCAAUGAAUAAAGAAAAUAAAAAAUUAUUAAUUAAAUUAAUGUGUCACGCGUUAAAGUAUACGCAGCUAUUUGGGGACACAUAUCUAUACAAUUAGUAUUAAAUAUUAUACUUAUAAAAUAGUUUUUAAAAUAUUGAAAUUAAUAUUACAUGAAGUAUAAUCGCAUUGACGCC